UUUUUCUUUUGUUUCCCUUGUCAGAGUAGACAUGGAAUUUGAAAAGAUCCCUUUAUGGCUGAUGGACUCAGUGGCCAUUGAGGAUGUGGCUGUGAACUUCACCCCAGAGGAGUGGGCUUUACUAGAUCCUUCACAGAAGAAACUCUACAGAGAUGUGAUGUGGGAAACCUUCAGGCACCUAGCCUCAAUAGGAAAAACCUGGGAAGAUGAUGAUAUUGAAGUUAAGUACACAAACCAGGGGAGAAAAUUAAGAAAUCAUAUGGUACAGAGACUCUGUAAAAGUGAAGAGGGUAGUGUAUGUCAAGAAAACAUCAACCUAAAUCCAAAUCUCAAUCUGAACAAGAAAACUACAGGUGCUAAACCAUGUGAAUGCAGUGCAUGUGGAAUAGUCUUCAUGCAUCAUUCAUCCCUUAAAAGGCACAUUAGAUGUCACACUGAACACAAACUAUCUGAUGACAAAAAAUAUGGAGGGGAGCCAUAUAAAUGUAAGGUCUGUGGAAAAGUCUUCCCUUUUCAUAGAUCUCUUCAAAUACAUGAAAGAACUCAUACUGGAGAGAAAACCUAUGAAUGUAAAAUAUGCAGUAAAGCAUUCAUUUUUUCCGGUUCUCUUCGAGUACAUGAAAGAAUUCAUACUGGAGAGAAACCCUAUGAAUGUAAGGAAUGUGGGAAAGCCUUUAUAAGGCACUCACUUCUCCGCUUACACAUGAUCUUUCACACUGGAGAUGGACCUUAUAAAUGUAAGGAAUGUGGGAAAGCAUUCAUUUUUCCCAGUUUUCUUCAAAUACAUGGAAGAACUCACACUGGAGAGAAAGCUUAUGAAUGUAAAACAUGCAGAAAUACAUUCACUUCUUCCAGUUCUCUUCGAGGCCAUGAAAGAAUUCAUAGUGGAGAGAAACCCUUUGAGUGUAAAGUAUGUGGUAAAGCCUUUAGGCUUUCAAGUAGUCUUCAACAACAUGAAAGAACUCACACUGGAGAGAAACCCUAUGAAUGUAAAAAAUGCAAUAAAGCAUUCAUUUAUCCUGGUUCUCUUCUAAAACAUGAAAGAAAUCACACCGGAGAGAAACCCUAUGAAUGUAAAAAAUGCAAUAAAGCAUUCAUUUAUCCUGGUUCUCUUCUAAAACAUGAAAGAAAUCACACCGGAGAGAAACCCUAUAAAUGUAAAACAUGCACUAAGUCAUUCACUUCUGCCAGUUCUCUUCAAAUACAUGAAAGAAGUCACACUGGAGAGAAACCCUAUGAAUGUAAAAAAUGCAAUAAAGUGUUCAUUUAUCCUAAUUCUCUUCUAAAACAUGAAAGAAAUCACACUGGAGAGAAACCCUAUAAAUGUAAAACAUGCAGUAAGGCAUUGACUUCUGCUAGUUCUCUUAAAAUACAUGAAAGAAUUCAUACUGGAGAGAAACCCUAUGAAUGUAAAAAAUGCAGUAAAGCAUUCACUUCUUCUAGUUAUCUUAGACAACAUGAAAGAAUUCAUACUAGAGAGAAAACGUAUGAAUGUAAAAAAUGCAAUAAAGCAUUCACUUUUUCCUAUUCUCUUCAAAUACAUGAAAGAGUUCAUACUGGAGAGAAACCCUAUGAAUGUAAAAAAUGCAGAAAAGCAUUCACUUCCUCCAGUUCUCUUCGACAACAUGAAAGAAUUCAUGCUGGAGUGAAACCCUAUGAAUGUAAAAAGUGCAGUAAAGCAUUCAUUUUUCCAGGUUCUCUUCAAGUACAUGAACGAAUUCAUACUGGAGAGAAACCGUUUGAAUGUAAAAAAUGCAGUAAAGCAUUCACUUCCUCCGGUUCUCUUCGACAACAUGAAAGAACUCAUACUGGAGCAAAACUCUAUGAAUGUAAAAAAUGCAGUAAAGCAUUCACUUCCUCCAGUUAUCUUCGACAUCAUGAAAAAAUUCAUACCGAAACAAAACCCUAUGAAUGUAAAAAGUGCAGUAAAGCAUUUAUUUUUCCGUAUUCUCUUCGAGUACAUGAAAGAAUUCAUACUGGGGAGAAACCGUAUGAAUGUAAAAAAUGCAGUAAAGCAUUCACUUCCUCCCAUUCCCUUAGAAAACAUGAAAGAAUUCAUACUGGACCAAGACCUUAUGAAUGUAAAAAAUGUAGUGAAGCAUUCAUUUUUCCAUGUUCUCUUUGAAUACGUGAAAGAAUUCAUACUGGAGAGAAACCCUAUGAAUGUAAGGAAUGUGUGAAAGCCUUUAUGAUUCCCUCAAGCCUUUGAUCACAUCUGAUCUUGCGCAUCAUAGGUGGACAUUACUGGUGGAAGCAAUGUGAGAAAGUAUUCAUUUCUCCCAGUUCCUUUUGAAUAUUUGAAGCGAGUCACACAGGAGACAAAAUCUUUGAAUGUAAGGAAGGUAGGAAAGCCUUUAUAAAUCGCUCAAGCCUUCAAUCACUGAUGGUCUUUUACACUGGAGAUGGACCUUAUAAAUGUAAAGAAUGUGGGAUAGCCUUCACUUCUCCCUGUUUUUUUCAAACACAUGAAAGAACUCAUACUGGAGACAAACCUUAUGAACAGAAGGAAGGUGAGAAAGCAUUCACUUACCACAUAUCAUUUCAAAGAAAUGAAAGAAGUCACACUGUAGAGAAAUCCUAUGAAUGUCAGUAAAAUGAGAAAGCCUUUAUUUCUCAUGAAAACCUUUGAGGAUGUGCAAGAAUGCACACUAGGUGAAAAACCACAUAAAUAUAAAGAACGUGGAAAAGUCUUUUGUCAUCCCGUUCUUUCUGAAAGUAUGAAGGACUCAUUUAAUAAAAAUCUCUUGAAUGUAAAUAGCAUGGAAAAGACUUUAAUUUGCCCACUUCCUACUAUGUGAAACUGUCACCAAAAAGAAAUAAAAAUGUAACUAAUACGAGAAA